AUGUCGACUGCAGGGAUCCGAUCGUUUGCCCGCUCGUUCGGGAUGAAAAUUGAAAAACCAGUCCGUACACAUUUAGUUAAUGUUUAUGCUUGCUUAACUCUAUCCAUGGUAGCAGCUGCAGUUGGAGCUUAUAUUCAUGUAUUCACUAACUUUCUAAGUGCCGGAAUAAUUACAGCUCUGGGUGCUACUGGAUUACUACUGGCACUUAUGUAUACACAAGACAAUGGAAAAAAUCACACCCUUAGAAUAAGUUAUUUAGUUGGAUUUGCUUUCUUUACAGGUCUCGGAAUUGGUCCAAUUUUAGAAUAUGUCAUCCAUGUAGAUCCUAGUAUCAUACCAACAGCAUUUUUGGCAUCAACAUUAGUAUUCACAUCAUUCAGUCUUUCUGCCAUAUUUGCAAAUCGUGGAAAAUGGCUCUACCUAGGUGGUACUUUAAUGUCAUUACUAUCUGUACUUAUGGUAAUGUCUCUGGCUAACUUGUUCCUUGGCUCAGAUCUUAUAUUUAAAAGCUAUCUUUACCUUGGUCUUGCACUCAUGAGUGGUUUUGUUUUGUAUGACACACAAUUAAUUAUGGAAAAAAGGAGAGCUGGAGACAAGGAUUUUAUUGCACAUUCUGUUGAUCUUUUUGUAGACUUUAUUGGCAUAUUCAGAAGGCUGCUUAUCAUUUUGGCUCAAAAAGAACAAGGAUCAAAGAAGCGCAAAGACUGAAUGGAAGUGCAUCCUUUUAUUUUUUAAAAAUAAAUAAUAUUACCAACUGAA